AUGGAGACAGUGCUUGGCACCCUGGGGAAGGCAACAAUCCUGAGGAUCCCCCCUUACUUCCAGAAUCUCACCCAGCACUGUGGGACGAUUCUCUUCCACCCAUCCGGCUCUUCACUGGAGAUCCUCAGCACCCAACAGCAUGACCAGCAGCUCUACGAAUACUCUGUCACCAUGGAAGCGGGGGAGAAAAACUGGCAGAUCCGACUGGCAGUGUAUGAGCCCGUGUCUGAUCCCGACUGGUUGCUGGCCAAUGACAGCUGCACGGUCAUCCUCAACUGCACAGCAGCACAAGGGGACAACGUGUCCUACAGCUGGGCCAGCUCUGAGGCCAGCACCUCACCACUCUGCACCCACAACGGCAGCCUCCUGCUGCUCUCCUACGAUCCCACCAACAGCAGCCUGCCCUGCACCUGCACAGCCAGCAACCCCGUCAGCCGCUGCACCACCACCCUCCACUCCUCCACCUGCAGAUCCGAGGAGCGAGGUGACUGGAGGACAGGGAUGCUGCUGCUGGGGGUGGUGCUGCCCAUAAUGGUCCUGAUCGUGCUUGCUGGGGCCUUCGCUGUGGCUUAUGUGGCUGCAAACAUGAGACAACCCAGGGAGCAGUUGCUGCUGGCUGAAGACAGCACAGUGCAUCACUCUCAGGUGCAGCGGGUGGAGAAGCCAAAGUCCCCCUGCAGCCCUCCGGGCACUGAUCACCCCACCUGCACCACCAUUUAUACCACAUCCCUGGCCCCAUACAGCUCUCAGAGUCCCAACACGGAACCUAUGACAGUUUAUGCCAACGUGAUGCUGCCCAUCAGCUGAGCCUCCUCGUGGGGCAGGACGUGGCUAAACCCCACAUCCCUGCAGGGGACCUUGCCCAUCCCUGUGGAAAUGGGGCACGCAGCUCCCAGCCCCGAAGCAUUGAGCUGAUGGUCGCUGGAGCAACGCGUAUGGCUGAAUGAAGGAAAGAAAGCAAAGAGAGCAGCGUGGGGACAAAGAGAGCACCAUGUCCAGCACCAGGACAAGGGGUGGUUCAGGGCUGUCGGCUCUUUCCAGCUGUGCCAUAAUUCUACCACUGCUGGGCUCGGGCAGCAGAGCUGACCUCACCUGCUAGAGAAAAUAAAGCGAUAGGAAAAUCUUUCAGGAAGGACUGUGAAAGAGCAUGCAAGGGCUGCAGCUGGGUCAGGCUCUGGGGGAAGAGAAGGGCAUUUCUACACAUCUCAAGCUUCCUCUUCCCCUUAUUUAAGCAAAAAUCAGCUAAGCUACUUUCUUGGGAAGUCUAUGCAAAGAUGCCAUCACCCCAGGAGCACAUCCCCAUAACUCCUCUUCCUCCUCCUCGCCUAGUCCUCCACCAGCAUGGGACAAAGGAGGAGCUUCCCUUAAGGGCUUGGUAACUAUUUCUGUAUCGGGCAAUGAUAACUUGCAUGCACCCUGUGCUGAAGAAGUGGCUGCAUUAUCCCGCAGGAUGAGCUAAUCACAUCCGCUGCUCCUGCUCACCCUCAUGUGGCUCAACACUGGGGAGGAGCAACAGCUGAGCCUUUUCCUUCACCCCAGCAGAGAAAUCAUCACAAGUCCAAAGCCCCAUUUGGCUUUGCACACUUCCCUUCAAUUUUGAUAUGAUGCCAGGGUCAGACUGCUUCCUGAAAUAAGCCCAAUUGGGGAAGUGGCUGAUGUAUCUCAGUUGACCCUCUGCUCUCCAGCCUGGCACAGCCAUCCAUGCCCCCAGCACCACAUGGGUCCUCCCUCUCUAUCCCCUUACCCUGGGAAGUCUGCAGAGCUGUGCUGCUGCUGUAAGGACCAGUGCCAGAUGUGCCCACAGAGCAGUUCGUGCAGGUAGAGAGCUUGGCUCUCAUCUCCUUUACGCUGCAUGCCCCAGUGAACCAUCAGUGGUCCAUGAGCACCAGCACGCUGCUGGGUGUGACACUGCUUACACACAUGAUCAUGCCUUGUGUCACCACUUCUAUGCUCUGCCUGAAGGCUUCUCACCUUUGGUUUUCAUUCCAUGCGUUCUAUGGGAUUUUCUUGCACUUCACCCCUCUUUGCAAUGGGGACAUCAAGUUGAAGUGAUGGGGGGAAGGAAAUCCGUGGGUUAAGUUCCAAUGCUCUCCUCUCUGGGCUACAGGGACCAGCCUGAGCACAGCCAGAAGCAGAGCAGCUGGCACAGCAGCCUGUGGGUUCUGCUUCGGAAGCUUUUGAACCUUCUGGAUCAGGGCCUAAGAUCACCAGGAACACCUGGAAGCCCUCUGAGAAAUAGAACUGAACUUAAGCAGAGGGACCUGCAGGUGGGCAGUGAAAUGCCCGCGAGGUGUGGUUAAUGCAGAAACCCCCCAAGCACUCUAUCACCGAAAAGGAGGCCCAGGGGAGACCUUAUGACUCUCUCCCAUUCUCUAAAAGGAGGAUGUAGUGUGGAUGGGGGUUGGUCUCUUCACCCAGAAAACAGCGAUGAGAUGGCAGGUGAUGGCCUCAAGCUGCACCAGUGGGCUGGAGAUGGCAGCCACCAGGGGGACCAUGUGCACCUUCAUCUAUCUGCGCACCGGUGCUCUCAGCAGGGCAGGGAGCAGCUGGGAGCCGGGGCUCACCCAGAUCUGGCCCCGAAAUACACCGCUCCCCACUGACUGCUCCGUUCUUUCCCAGUCUGCACCAAAAAACGCACACACUAUGGAAGUUCCAUCCCCUGCUACCUGCUGGGCUCGGAAGAAUUCCGUUAUCACACGUGCCUUCCUUAGGGAUGGCAUUUGGGGUGAGCCGACGGAUGCAGAGGGAGGCAUCAGAACGGACAUUAGGAACAAUUCCUUCUCCAAAGGAGUGGCGAUGCACUGGCCCAGGGGCGGUGUCACCAUCCUUUGAGGUUUCCCAGCACAGUGGGGAUGUGUUGGAGCUGGGCUGAUCUGAGAGUUCUGUUUGAACCACAAUGAUUCUUUCAUACUCUCACUUCCUUUUGUCAUUGGAAGUGGUAGUUCUUACCUGAGCAGGGAUGAGAUGUGUGCUUCCCUCGUGGGUGGGAGGCAGGGUGGGAUCCUGCAGCUGGGGUUGUUUUGGGAACACCUAGGAGAACAGAGUUCUGACAGCGCUGUCUCAUGCAGAGCCAUCAGCACACAGUGCAGUGCCUUCUGUGAGGACAGAUGUUGUUUUUUAACUCAUUAUUAGGGUUUUGCUGUGCUGUCCCAAAGCAGUUGGGCAGAUCCCAGAUCUUAUCCUGAUCCUACUGCAGAUCCCACCAAUGAUGAGUGCCAGCUCCCAGCUCCAGCCUUGCCACAUGCUGCUGCUCUCUGCAUCCUUCUGCACCCCUCCUGUGUUGAGCUCGGGGUCUGUGCCCUAUUGCCACCCAUGAGCUGCUUCAGAAUUUUCAGUACCUCCAGCUCUCACGUUUUCAUUACGGGGUAUUUAGGUCUGUUUCUGAAAAUGAAGCAGCUUUCUAGCUGAUUUCCAAGCUGCCACGAACACUGGGAAGACCUGUGUGUCUCAUUAUGUCCUGGGCACAGAAGUAAACUUGAGGGAAGUGCAGAAGGGAAAAUCACAUGAAUUCCCAACCAGCAUUGGAGAGCCAGGAGAGGUCCCUGAGUCCUUCUGGGGUCCUGGCUUUGGCCAGGUGCUGGCUCAGGAUGGGGUUUGGUCCCCUGCAGGACAGAGAUACUCUUUGUAAUCAGAAACCAAUGCUUCAUGUAGGGUCUGCAGCUGGCUGUGACACUUGCAGGGGCAAUGGGGUGCAGCUGUGAUGCUGGUGGUGACCCCAUGCCCUUGUUAUCAGCCUGGACAGGGAACCCAAGGACAUGCAUCAUGCAGCAGCACUUCCAUCCCUUCCCUUCCAUCCUUAUCUCCCUCAUAAACACUUCCCCAUGGCCAGGGCAGCUUUUCCUUGGAGCUUUCACCAGGGAAGGAGUGUGGGCACAGCUGCCUUUGCCUAGUUUCAAAAAUAAGCAUUGGAGAGAGAACAUCUCCUGGUACCAAGAUUCAUUCUUCCCAAGCUCUGAGGGGGAAGCUCCACUCCAGGAUCAAGCAAGACAGAGGGGAUUUGAAAAUAGGAAGAAUAACAGGACAGUAUCUUCUCCCUCCUCAAAAGAGGGAAGUGUCAAAUUCAAGGAAGAGGCCACCUGAUUUCCACAGGCUCCUUUAGGUGAACUUGUCUGCCAUGAAUAGGGAACCUGCUUGACUUCUCCAAGCUGAUCCCAAUUCCUCCUUGCACUUUUGCUUCACCCUUUGCAUGUUCCUGGUGCUUAGGGGAUGUGAAAGUACAGACAGCAAGAAGGGGCUCAGGGAACAAAGAUCCAUCCCCUAGGAUGGAGGGCUCCACAAGCAGCACCCUGGAGCCCUGCACUCCUCCUCUGGGCUCAGCUGGGUUUUUCUACUCAGCAUGUGCCAGCAAUGGGAUGGAUGUAGCUGGGGCAGAGGGCAAGUCUGUCACACCCCAUCUUCAGAACCUGAUAGGAGAAUACUUGACCUGGAGCUUCCGUGGUGAACCCAUAUUGGUCAUCAGAUUGGGGGCAUCUCCCAAACUCGUGUUUUCUGACAAAUCCUUCGUGUUCUGCGUGGCCUUUCCCAAACAACGGCAGCUCACUCACCAUCUAGCAGCUGAGGAGGGGUGAUGCUGGCACCUGCUUAACAAAAAACCACGAAGUCAAAGUGAACUUCACCCUGCAUGUGUACCGUGAGCUGCUGGAGCCGAUGGUGAGCUGCACCGGGUGGAACUGCUCAGCUGAGGGCUGCCAUUAUGCACUGCAACACACAGUGGACCCCUCCCAAGGGACAGUUCCUUCUUUUGGAGCUACAAUGAUCAACCAGAGAGGCAGGGAUGUGAGAUCUCUCAAAGGAUGCACACGUGGGGGAUGCUGGGGAUGUGCUGGGGACGUGCUGGGGACAGGACACAUCCUGCAAAAGGUCCCCAGUCAGGGGCUUUAUCAACGCAUUCAUUUCUCUCCUCCCUUCCCUAUUCUCUUCCCCACAC